AUUGAGGAAUUUCAAAGACUUCAUCUUUCACCAACACUUUACCUCUUUUCCUUUUCACGUCUUUCUUUUCGAGAGAAAGUCGAUACCCUCCACAAAAAUGACGGAAAAUUUUUGUGUAAUGAUUGUUAGGGUUAGGAUUCCACCACGGAACCACUCCAAAACCACCUCUGUUGACGAAUUCGACACCUCCACUCGUCUCCUUUCUUAGCUUAAGGUUUAUUCCUCUCCAAUUCAAACCCUAGAUCCUUAAUUUUCUUCAUUGUUUGUGAAUUCAUACAAUUACUACGUUUAAUUUAAUUGACGAGAUUUUGUGGAAAUUUUGCUCAAAUUGCUACUUGUUUGCUCCAUUUUGUCGUGUUAGGGUUUUAUUAUGUUUUUAUGCGACAUUAAUGGUAGAUUUUGGGUUGAUUUUGCUGUAAGUGAUGGUUUAUAGAUUGAAAUUAGUUGCAAUGUUGAAUUCGAGUGCUGAUUAUCUUGAUUUGUGAUAAUAGGAAGCUUUCAUUUUGUAAUUUCUUGAAUUUUGAUUACUUUCUUAUUAAUAUCUUUUCUAUGUUUUUUGUGCUUGUGUCGAUUACUAAUGUACAUAUAUGUAGCAAUAAUAAGCCUGGUUGUUAUUUAAUACUGUGAGGUUUGAUGAGUUUUUAAGGUUCUGUUGUGCCUUUUAGUCCCAAUCUUGUUGGAAGUAAUUUGUAGCAGUAGGAGAGAAUUGCAAAAUAAGAUAUAAGAGAAAAAUUGGGGGGGCGGGAAGGUUUCUUUGUGAGGUUUAAGGUUUAUGGCUGAAGAAGCAGUUUUUUUUUUUGUUUUUCUUUUGAGCUUGUCUCUGAUCAGUAUCACCUAGUGUAUACCAGGUUAAAUUCACCCCAUUAUAGGUCGAAACUCCCUUCCAAUUUUUUUUGAAGUGCUUGUAUUAUUGACCAAAACCUGUACUAAUUAGGAGGAUAUGUGGGAAGUAUAACAAUACUAUAAACUGCUGCAAAAAUUAAAUUGUCUUCAUAUGAGCAAAUUAGAUGUGAUUUUUUUUCCCUCGUAUAAAACUGAGUGCACUGUGAAAUCCAGUUGGAUAUAUGGUAUUUAAAUUAUUAGAGCAUGUAGCCUUAGAUCUGUUGCCCAAAGGCUCUGUUCAACCUGUCUUUAUGCAUAUUUUAGUAUCAUUAUAAAAAAAAGUACCUCAUGAAAGCUACUUUCUUGAUGUCCAAAAGGUGGAAAAAUGCAAUUUACAACAAUUUUAUCCUUUUUUUUGUUUUUUUUGUUGAAUCUUUGUAGCAUUUCUUUACAUGUAGUGCAAGUGCAACAGUGCAAGUGUUUGGGUUGACCUGUAUGCAAUAAGGUAGAAGUAGUCGUGGUUUUAAGCUUGUACAUUUGUUUACCUAGGUUUGAGGUCAAGUAUUGUGAUUAUUAAUGGAAAAAGAAACUCAAACGAAUGUAGAGGUGCCUGUGGUGGAAGUCAAGGAGAAGCUUGCUAGUGUUACGGAGCCAAUUCAGGAUAGAGAAGAUGAUCUGAAAGUGGGUGUGAAAUCUACGGCCUUGAGGUUUGGGGACUUAACAAAGGAAUGGGUCACUGGGUUUGGAAUUAUAAGCAUAUGCAGCCUCGCUCUCAGUGGAUACAAUGCACAUUUGGGAUGGCCAUAUUUUGCAUGUUUGGCUGCUGCAUCUAGGCAGAUGACAUGGCAGAUCUAUACGGUUGACUUGUCAAAUUGUGCUGAUUGUAAUAGAAAGUAUGUUCUUAUCCCUUAUAACUAAUGGCUGA